AUGAGACCACCAUAUAUAGUUUUCCCUCUCGUCAAAUCUAGGAGUAACAUCCUCAUAGGAUUAAACAUUCUUAUUGCUUCUCUAUACAUCCCCGGUUAUGCCCGUGCCGCCUGUACAGGCUCUGCUUGUGAACCAGCAGAAGGGUGGGAUGAUUUCGCCAAUAACCUUGGGAGCGAUUUGGCUCCAUUACUCGCGCUCUUCGGCGAGCAAGUCACCAAACAGUACAUGAGUGAGACGUUGAGUUGGGUUGAUAAUCUAAUAUUUUGUCUUGCUCCUUUGGGUGUCAUCACCGCCAUAGUGUCUGCGAUCCGUGUUGGAGGCAGCCCGAAAUUGAGGUCGUUGGUUGGCAGAGCGAAGGAAAGUCGUGGUGAGGUGGAGGCCGAUUUGAUGUCCUCCACAUCUUCAGAUGUCUGCGAGCUGUGGAACGGUGAAGGCGUCGUUAGGGUUCUUGGCCGCCCAGUCCUGUUACAAUUGGUUUACGAAAAACCAGAUGAGAGUGGUUCGGAACCGGGAGUUGGGAAUCAAAUUUGCACCUUCGUGGAUGCAAUCUAUAGUAGAAAGCUAUACAAGGAAAAAGGGAAAGGGAAAGACACUGAUCAGGACACUAAAGAGUCUCCCGAUCCGGAGAUCGAAGAAUACCGAAAGCGCCAAAAUCCGCCCAACCUCUCACUGAACGUCAGCAUGAUACCUGUACGAAAAUGGGUUUUGAUCCUUUUCGUUGUAAUUGGGGUUAUUCUUCAGGGCGGCGUUCUAGUGUAUGCCGCAAUUACUCAGUACAUUUUGAAAUUAGAAAAGAACGAUGCUCCGCCGAUAGGUUAUGGUUUCCCGCUCUUUCUAGCAGGCACAGUGGUGCUUGCCACUGGAAUGUUUCUGUGCGCGCAGGUUGUGGAGUUGAGCACUGAAGAAAAGGUUUGGGUCCCAGCCGAUGAUAAUAAUAUUGGUGCCUUUGAAAUCAUCUGGCUCCAACAAGGAGGGCAAACUGUCGGCGAUCAACGGUUCGAAUCAUUCGCACGCAAAACUUCCGGCGAAACGAUCAUAACAUCACAUAACAAUUCUAAAGCGAGGUCGAUUCUACCCUUUCUGGUUAUAGUUGGCGUUGGUGCUUCCCUAGUUGGCUUUAUCGCGCAAUUUGUCGCAAUGCGCGCAUUGCACUCAUCAGUAACUGCGGCACAAUUGGGAGCUAUUUUGAUCAUGACUGCUAUACGAUCCUGUGCACACAUCCAGAGAAUGAGCGACAAUGAUAUCAAGAAGCCGGAUGAUGUAGAGGGACAUGAGCUAGACUGGCUCGCAAAGGACUUGAAGCGCUGUAAGACAUGGAUGGUUAUUUCAGGGCCCGAAUCGCCUGGAGUGUCCAUAUCAGAAAAUAAUCCUACAAACAAUACCGCAACAGAAGUCAUGGCUAUCAGAACCGAUCUUGCAAAGUUAUCAAAAAACUGGGAAUUAGAAGACGGAGUCCAGGUUCACAACCUCGAGAAAGCGAUAGAGGCAGCAAUUAACACUAUUUACCUUCAUAUGGUGUUAAUGCCUGAUGAAGACGAAGAUAAAUCGAGUUUCGAGUGGGUUCUCCGGGUGAAGGUAGAAAAGAAGAAGGUAGAAAAGAAGGAGGUGGAGGAGAAGGAGGUGGAGGAGAAGGAGAUGGAGGUGGAGGAGGUGAAGAUGACUAUCGAGAGAAAGAAAGACCAGAACAACAAGUGGAAACCAUGGAAGGUUAAGGAAGGAGAGCUUGAAGCUGUCCUCUGUCUUUGGAUAUCUUCUCUUAUGGAGGAAUCCAGGGAAAGGACCAGGAAAGAAUUAGGUCAAUACUCAAAUGUUCGUUGUUUAUCCGCCGCUUCUUCCGAACAUAUGUUUGACCACAAAAUAUGGAGCUACCGCGGGACGACUCCAGUGAAGAAGCAAUCGCCGGCUGAUAAAAUACGAUACUUUGGACGGACGACUGGCAAAGGAGAUUUUUGGUGUGUCGAUACUGGAUCGGAUCUCAAAACGCUUUGUGUUCAGGAGUUAUACGCAGCGUUCAUGUUUGCGGUGGUGGAACUUAUCAAGGACGUUGGUGGAAAAACCGGACAGCGCACUAUUACUGCUCAACCCAACGAGAAAGAUGCUGAUGUGGAAGGUGAUCUCUGGAAUAAAUGUGUGCUGACAAACACGAACGUCGACUUACUCGCAUCGAGCUUUCAUGAAUCUCAUCUUGGUUCAAUUGAAGAGGCCUACAUGAUCAUCAUUCCUGCGUUACGCGCCGCCAAAAAAUCACUUUCAGUUCAUGAUGUUCACGGACAUCUGAGAAGCGUGGCAACCUUUUUGGAGAGUAAAGGCCGUUUGAACGAAUCACGUCAAAUUGAUAACUAUAUAUAUUCCAAUAUAAGGGCAGCUCCUGAUAGACCGAUUAUCGUGCUCGCGAUGGAUCGACGUCGUUUAGAACGAACUAAAAGGCUUUUGAGGAUACCUCCCAAUCACACUCUUAUUCGGGUAAAAGGUCUGGUGAAUCUAUGCAUUAGUCAAAGGGAACACAAUCCCAAAAUGGACUUCAACGAGAUAUUCCAAGAAACAUUUACGGCCUUGAAGGACUGGAACAUUCAUCAGAGAUCUGGAUUCUGGAUAGUUUUGGAAUUUGCUUGGUUUGCGCUGCAUGAGGGAAAGGAAGACGAGGCUGGAGAGCUUGCAAGGCAAAUAUGGGAUCAAAAUAUCUCAGCUCGUGGCACGAUAUCACCUAAAUUAAAAUUCGAAGCAGCACAAAUUGUAAUAAACGUCCGUCGGAAUAAAGGAACUUUUAUGGGUAUGGAUAACCUGAGUCCAUAUCUUCGACCCCACAACUCGGAACGACACCCUGAUCAUACACGCCGCAAAACUCACAGUACAGAUUCCCUGGACGACGACCAAGUACCUCUUGAUCUUAUGCUAAUAGACCAGUGGAGGACUCCGGUGCAGGCGGCAGCAGGUGCUGGCGGGUCGGAACUUGUGGGAUUACUUUCGAAUCUUGACGCUGAUAUUAAUGCGAAGCCUAUAACUACCUACUUAAAGAUGCAGGGCGAAGGAUAUAAUAGUCUGAACGAAAUUAUAGAUGAUAUUCGGGGGCGAUCUUUUGACAUGUUAAAUGGUGGUUUGGCUAGAGUAAGUAGACGGGUACAGAAAUUCUCGGGAAUGACAGCGCUACAAGCAGCGGCAGAGGGGGGUCAUUCAAAAACAGUGGAUUUACUGUUGAAUAUGAAGGGGGAUGCCAAUGCCCCGGCAGGAGAGUAUGGACGUACAGCACUACAGGCGGCAGCGGGAGCAGGGUAUCUCGACAUAGUAGAGCGACUACUACGGGAGAAGGCAGAUGUCAAUGCCGAGGCAGCAAGAUGGGGCGGACGCACAGCACUGCAGGCGGCAGCGGGAGCAGGAUACCUCAACAUAGUAAAGCGACUGCUAGAGGAGAAGGCAGAUGUCAAUGCCAAGGCAGCACAAGACACCGGACGCACAGCACUGCAGGCGGCAGCGGAAGCAGGACACCUCAACAUAGUAGAGCAACUGCUACAGGAGAACGCAGAUGUCAAUGCCAAUGCAGCACAAGACAAUGGACGCACAGCACUGCAGGCGGCAGCGGGAGCAGGGCACCUCGACAUAGUAAAGCGACUGCUAGAGAAGAAGGCAAAUGUCAAUGCUGAGGCAGCAGAAGACGGCGGACGCACAGCACUGCAGGCGGCGGCGGAGGCAGGACACCUCGACAUAGUAAAGCGACUGCUAGAGGAGAAGGGGGUAUGUGUCAAUGACUAUGCAGCACCAAAGAACGGAUGCACAGCACUGCAGGCGGCAGCAGGAGCAGGGCACCUGGACAUAGUAGACCGACUGCUACAGGAGAAGGUAUUUCUCUAUCCCGAGUCAGGAAAGGAUAGACGCACAGCACUGCAGGCGGCAGCGGGAGCAGGUCAUCUCUAUAUAGUAGAGCGACUGCUAAAGUGUGGGGCAGGCGUGGGUGCCUCGGAAGGAAAGUACGGACCCACAGCACUGCAGGCGGCAGCGGGAGCAGGUCACCUCGACAUAGUAAAGCGACUGCUAGAGGAGAAGGCAUAUGUCAAUGACUAUGCAGCACCAAAGAACGGACGCACGGCACUGCAGGCGGCAGCAGGAGCAGGGCACCUCGACAUAGUAGAGCGACUGCUACAGGUAAAGGCAUACCUCAAUGACGAGGCAGCAGAAGACGGCGGACGCACGGCACUGCAGGCGGCAGCGGAAGCAGGGUACCCUGAUAUAGUAGAGCGACUGCUAGAGGAGAGGGUAGAUGUCAAUGACUAUGCAGCACCAAAGAACGGACGCACAGCACUGCAGGCGGCAGCGGGAGCAGGUCACCUUGAUAUAGUGGAGCGACUGCUACAGGAAAAGGCAGAUGUCAAUGCCGAGGCAGCAAAAGACGGCGGACGCACAGCACUGCAGGCGGCGGCGGAAGCAGGACACCUCGACAUAGUAGAGCGACUGCUACAGGAGAAGGCGGGUGUCGGUGCCGGGGCAGCAAUAGACAACGGACGCACAGCACUGCAGGCGGCAGCGGAAGAAGGUCACCUAGAUAUAGUGGAGCGACUGCUACAGGGGAAUGUCGACAUCAAUGCCCCGGUAGCAAAGGAUGGACAGACAAUACUGCAGGCGGCAGCGGAAGCAGGACACCUUGAUAUAGUAGAGCGACUGCUACAGAAGGGGGCAGACGUGAAUGCCCGGGCAGGAAAGCACGGACGCACAGCACUGCAGAGAGCAGCGGGAACAGGUUACCUGGACAUAGUAGACCGACUGCUACAGGAGAACGCAGAUGUCAAUACCGAGGCAGGAAAGUACGGACGCACAGCACUGCAGGCGGCAGCGGGAGCAGGUCACCUUGAUAUAGUGGAGCGACUGCUACAGGAAAAGGCAGAUGUCAAUGCCGAGGCAGCAGAAGACGGCGGACGCACAGCACUGCAGGCGGCGGCGGAAGCAGGACACCUCGAUAUAGUAAAGCGACUGCUACAGGCCGAGAAUAUAGAUGUUAAUGCCGAGGCAGUAGACGACGGCGGACGCACAGCACUGCAGGCGGCAGCGGAAGCAGGUCAUCUCGAUAUAGUAGAGCGACUGCUACAGGAGAAGGCAUAUGUCAAUGCCGAUGGAGCACCAGACGCCGGACGCACGGCACUGCAGGCGGCAGCAGGAGCAGGUCAUCUCGAUAUAGUAGAGCGACUACUAGAGGAGAAGGCAGAUGUCAAUGCCGAGGCAGCAAUAGACAACGGACGCACAGCACUGCAGGCGGCAGCGGAAGCAGGUCAUCUCGAUAUAGUAGAGCGACUGCUACAGAAGGGCGCAGAUGUCAAUGCCGAUGGAGCAGCAUCUGAGGGCGGACGCACAGCACUGCAGGCGGCAGCAGGAGCAGGUCAUCUCGAUAUAGUAGAGCGACUACUAGAGGAGGAGGCAGAUGUCAAUGCCAAGGCAGGAUUUUACGGCGGACGCACAGCACUGCAGGCGGCAGCGGAAGCAGGACACUUUGAUAUAGUAUUGAAACUGCUAAGGGAGAAAGCAGACGUCAAUGCUCCGGCAUCUGAGCGUUGUGGAUACACAGCACUGCAGGCGGCAGACCAAAAUGGCCACAAGAAAAUAGUAGAGAUGCUAGAGAAAGUCAUAUCCAGAAGAGAUAAGAAGAUGAGGUCAACGCAACCGCAAGAUUCCUGA